AUGCGCUCCCCGGUACCAAUCCUCGUCUCUUGCCUCACGCUCCUGGUCGCAGCGGCCAGUGGGUUGUCCUUCUCGAUAUGCGGCACCAACCCGCCUCCAGAGCGGUUCCAGGGCACGCACCGAGAACUUGCCUCCCUCAGCAAGCGCUUCGAGAGUGGAAACACCGCCAACCCGCGUGUCAACAAGACCGUGGACACGUACAUACACGUGGUUGAGGUUCCGGGGUAUUCCAUUAAUAACCUGAGCGAAGACCGCGUCAACUUGCAGAUCAAGGUGCUCAACCAAGGCUUCGAAAAUACAGGCUUCCAGUUCAAGCCUCGAGAGCCGCCCCUGAGCAUUAAUGAUGAGAAUGUAGGCGGCUGGGCGAGGUAUCCCGAGGAAAUAAUCGAGCAAGGCGAGGAUAUGUGGCCUGCCCUCGACGGUGUCGUGGUUGCCGCGUACAGCGUGCCGCAUCAUGAGUCUCUGUCGGGGCUAAAUGACAAGAGGUGGAGCCUGGGCAGGACGACCAUCCAUGAGGUCGGCCACUGGCUCGGGCUGAUGCACCCCUUCGACAACGGGGGGUGCAGCGGCGAGAACGACCGCGUCAACGACACGGCGCCGUGCAUGGGGCCGGGGGAGUACGACCUCUACACGUGCGACGAGAAUCGUCGCUCGUGCGGCAACCAAUCCGAGCCAGAUCCCGUCCACAAUUACAUGUACUAUUCGUCCGACGAGUGCGGAGUCGAGUUCACGCCGGGCCAGAUCCAUCGGAUGCACCGCGAAUGGGACAAGUUCCGGGUUCCAGCAGUGCCCGGGACGCUGAAGCCCAUUGAGCCCGUGCACUUUGCCAGCAAGCCGUUACCAUACUACCCGCCGCCGAGCGACAGCCCGCUGCGCGUGUCCAUGCUGUGCGAGCCGGACGAGGACGGGUAUGUGGCCGAGCUGCGCGAGGAAUACUGCGGUUCCAACUCGUUCUGCCACCGGGCCCUCUGGAAGUGGGGCGCGGGCGGAAAGAACUACACCGACAUCGGAGAGUGCCUAGCCGAGCGCAUGAAGAUGAGCGAUGAGUAA